CACCACUAUCGCGGAGCACUCACAAAAUCAAUUUUUAUAAAAACGAGAAAAACGAAAGAAAAUUUCAAUUAAACGACAGUGCAAACUGAAUUAAUUGUUCAUUGUAUUCGUUAACGUUUUCGUGUCUGUUUGUGCGACAUACAAUUACGAGGGUUCGCAAACCCAGAAAAUUUACGACAGAGUGUUGAAAAUAAAGCCGCAAAAGUGGAUACCGAUACCGUGAAAAUUGAGGAUUUGAUGGACUCUGAUCCUGAUAUUGAGUUCAUUGAAAAGGAUAGCGGGAUGUCUUCAUUAGGUGGCAGCAAGGACGAGACCCCUGAGCGUCGCACCGUGGCCCUACCUGUCAACGAUGAACCACAAACGGAGGGUGACAAUUACGAUGAUGAACCCGAUGAAUCGUUUGGCGAACGCAUCUUGGGAUUGACAGAAAUGUUCCCGGAAUCGGUGCGCAAUGUUGUCGGCGCCGUCUCAAGUGCCACAGUGAAGAGCUGCCGCGGUCUGUAUCAGUUCUCGUGCAGUGCAUCAUGGAUAUUCUUCACCAGCUCCGUCAUACUGUUUGCGCCCGUCAUCUUUGAGACGGAGCGCGCCCAAAUGGAGGAGCUGCACAAGUCGCAGCAGAAGCAGGUGCUCCUGGGUCCUGGCAGCGCCAUGGCCCCCUCUGGACCAUCGCCCAGUUUACCAUUGAUUCGUUAAUUAAUCUUUUUCGAUAACCAUACAUAACAUAAACAACAUACAUAUAUUAGAAGGAUUAGUUCUAUGAUGAGUAACAGCGCGCGAGGGACUCCCAGAUCAAUAAUGGAAUUAAUUUGCCACAUGCUCUAGAUUAUAAGUUCAAGUCCCCAGCGUCCUGCCAGUGGAAAUAAAACAAACAAAACAAUAGCAAUUCCAAUUAACAAACAACAAUUACAACCAUUAAUACACACAGCAUUUAAGCUGCCUUGAAGUUGCAAACAGAACUUCUGCUUAUAUGGGGCUUAGUACGAGUAUUUGUAGUUGGCCCACAAAACACACAACACAGAAACACACACACCAAAACAACUUACUGUUUAAUAACAAAUUAAUAAAUUACGUUUAUUAAGA